CACUCUCGCGCCUCAUGUCGUACGCGACUCAGGGCGCUCCGAUGACCGGUGAGCAACCUCCUGACCCUGUCAAGGAGUCCCAUCGUCUGUUGGCCAUCUACCCUCUUGCUUCAGCCAAUCCGUCUGCUCACGUCACUCGACACCUGAGCUCUCUGACACUCAGUGGAGCACCUCCCUCUGCCCUUCAACCGCAGUAUUACGCGCCUCAUCCUCAGGGCAAUCCUCCACAGUACUCGCAAUAUCCUUCUGUAGUCGAAUCUCUUGUGCGAUCUGAAGGAGAUGAUUCCGGCUUUUGGGAGGCUUCGCGCGGAGAGGCGACGCAUUAUUUAAGUCAGCAAACUGAACCCUCCUAUCCAUAUCCCUCUGCCUGGUCGCCUCCCAAUGCGCAACUUUCGUCGUAUCGGACAAAUCCAUUUGCUCAAGCCAUUAUCCAGAGAACUAACCCGGCCACUGCAUAUCCGACACCGCCGCCGCCGGCGACCUCUUCAUCAUCUCUUGCCGGUGCACUUGGUCCCCCACCACCUUCGAACGGACACACGGUCUACAAGCCCCAACAGUCUACCGCCUUUUUUGAACACUUUCUCGAGGACCAUGCUAGACGAUUGGAUCAGACUGUCGUCGCGUCCAAACCGCUCUCCGAAGCAGUAUCGCAGUCCCAUUUGGCGCCAGUCCGCCCCAAAACGCCCCAGACUCGAGUGCCAGCCUUAACAGAUGAAAGUCCGGAUCCUCUGGCCAUCAUCACUCCUGCUCUUACGCCCCGAAAGCGUAAAUCGAUGACGCAGCUUGAAUCCCCUACUGUGAAGCGCGCGUUGCACUCACCUGCGCCGACAUCUGUGCCAGCGACACCGAGCACAGGUCCACGGUCUCGAUUUUCACCUUCCACACCUACAUCUGUGGUUUCAACGCCAUCAAGACCACGGAUGCAGAUGCUGUACGUUGAGGUGCCGUCUUCGCCGUGGGCAUCUCCCAACAAACGCCGUGCCCAAUCGCCAGAUGACUUGGGCGGAUAUGGAUCAGACAGCAGUCCCCAACGACGCAGCUCCAGUGGCAUAGUCACCUCUUCUCGACGCACCGGAGAGCAUGAUGAACGUGCCCCACUUGAGAAGCUCACCUACAUCCUCGAAGCGAUAUUCGAAGCAGAAGAUUCGCUUGCCCCAGAUACCGAGCUAGCUUCCCUUCCCGAUUUUUCUCGCGCCAGACGACCGUCGAUUGUAGGGAAACCCACGAAACGCGUUCGACAUGCCAAUGCGACAAGCACACCGCGUUCCAGGGAUCAAACGAUCGCAGAUAUGGACACUGCGAUAUUGUCUCGUAUUCUGAAGCUGCUCGAGCGAUCAGUCAAAGCCGGCGAGGAUAUUGAUCCGUUUGCGGGUCCCGUCGUGACACCGGCAGCAGCAUCUCUUCCUAAUAAUUCCCCCAAGAAGCUAAUCAAGAAGGGCAAGGCUAAGCAACGAGAGGAUGAAAUCGGGACCGCAUUCAAUGAUUCCCCAGCUGCUCGAGUCGAGCUAUCCGAUCUGGAUUAUGCAAUGCUCAGCCGCGCUCUAGAGAUUGGAAAGGAUAGCAUCUUCGCAGUCCAAUGCUGUCUCGCCUUGUUAGGUUCUGGACGUUUGACAAAGCAGCUGUACUCGGAGGAGCUCAUUACUUCAUGCAUGAAUGCUGUCAAAAACCAGCUCACAACAAUCAUCUAUCCGUUCGUAGAAGUUGCAGCUGGAUCGGGCGGGAUACCAGGCUCGGCAGGAAUCAGCGUGCAGCUUGAUCACGUUGUGUGGCAGGGCGCUCAUCGACAUGUGUUGAGCGAGCUUUUCCAGGUGAUAUCGGCUGUUUUCCCGCAGCUGAGCUCACUGGUCGAUGCGGACUCGGUGUCCAUGUCAGAUAACAUCAUAAUCCAGUCGGUUUAUAUUGCCAUUGGACCUUUCUUUGUAGCGGAUUCGGGUGAAGAUGGAAGUGGGAAGAAGGAGAAGGAUAGUGCGAUUGUGAUCAGGACCUUCGGAAAGAGUGCAAUGAGAGGGUUGAGGUUGCAUGCCUUGUCGUUGAUUCGAGCGGUCAGCACGUCCAUCGAUUUGGCUUCCAUCUCUGACACCUCGCAGAUCUUCGCAAACCAUGGUGAUCAGCGGGACUGGAUCAUUGAAGAGAUCUUGACAUCGCUCAUCAAAUUGUCCGACUCCAAGCAAAGGGCUGGCCAGUUUCGACUGCGAGACGGUCGGACAAUCAGGACGGUUUCCGCUCUGUUACUGCAGCUCGUUCAGACUUCGGCGCAUGACGUUCGGCUCAAAGCACAAAACAUUGCACAAGAACGGCGCAACAAGUUUGCUUUGAAACGGGCAGAAAGUCUGACUGAGAGUCAACUUAAACUGCAUCAGCAGGAAGAAUUUCUGGAUGAACAAGACCAUGCUGAAACGCGCUUGUAUCGGUCUGGUCUUGAAUCAGCCACAAAGGCCGCAAAACAAAUCAUCGCUUUUUUGACACAGCGCUCAGGGAAAGGGAAAGCCACGAAAACGAGCAACGAAGCCGAGUAUCGUGGAAUCUUUGAUAAUCUGAUUUCUGAUCUGCUCGCGGUGCUGUAUUGGCCCGAGUAUCCUGCUGCCAGCUUUAUCCUGAACAUUGUGACGAACAAGGAUCCGCUGUGGGUGCUCAAAUUUGCCGAUGCUGCCAAGCCCCUCAAGUCGAUUGAUCGCAUCACGUCCACCCUUGAGAUCAAGUCGCUGGAUCGGCUUUUAUCUGCACACCAAGACGUAUUUGCCCAUCUCAUCAAACGGUCAGAAGAGGAGCAAGCCUAUGCGAGCGCUCGAGAGCUCACGGCCGCGACGUUUGCGCAAGAACUGUCAGUCGCUCUUGAGAAGGUCAAUCUGUGGAUGAUUAGCGAUGGUGAGGGGGCCAUUCGAGAUGAAAGCAAGCUCAAGGCGUUCGGGGAGAAACUCAAGUCGGCCAUGCAUAACGUGUGGAAAGAUCAGGCGCAGGAUGUGUUUGAUGUUGGUUCCCAAGAGGAGGUUCAACGCAUUGAUCGUCUUUCGGAAGAAAUCGGUUCGAUUCAGACGCUUCGCAACUCAUUCCAGCCGAUUUUGAAUGUAAUCUUGUCUGCACUAGACGCGCCGGCGAUCUUCAUGCGAACCAAAGCCUUGCGUGCUUUGGGCCAAAUUGUUAUGAGUGAUCCGACCAUUCUCGGUGAAGCGAGCGUGCGGCGGGGCAUCGAGCGUCCCUUGCUGGAUAGCUCAUCUGCUGUGCGGGAUGCGGCGGUCGAGCUGAUCGGCAAAUACAUGAUCGACUGGCCCCAGGUCGCAGGCGAUUACUACACGAAAAUCGCGGACCGCAUUGCGGUAAGUGAUACCUUCAUUGCCUCGUAAGAAUGCGCUCGACCAGUCUGCAGGAUAAGGAUUGGCAGUCCGCAAGCGCGUCAUCAAACUUCUCAAGACUUUCUAUGGAAUCAUCACUGAUACGGAGCGCAAGGUGGAUAUAUGCACUCGACUCGUCAAGCGAAUGGCAGAUGAAGACGAAUCGGUCCAAGAACUGGCGAGCAAAGCCAUUGAGGAAUUGUGGUUCCCUGUGACGCUUCC